AUUUACGAUCAUGCCCUCGAACGACAGUCCGAGACCGAAUCACUCUAUUUUUUCAUUGUCUCUCUCUCCACGCAGUUGAACUGGAUACAAGUUUGUGGAGCAGCUCCGUUUCAUCGUCUUCGUAACUUUGUGCUUCAUCAGAAAGUAAAGACAAGACAAGGCUUGAAAGAUCAAAGCUACGUGAUGGAUAGAAUGUGCGGUUUCCGUUCGGCGGGAGAUUACUCGGAGAAGGCUGAGCUGAUGAUGUCUUCUUCGGAGAGUCUUAUGUCGCUGUCUGAUUACCAUAAUUUGAUUUGUUCAUCCGCCGGAGAAAACCACGUGUUUGGAUCCAACGAGCUUUUCUCAGCAGCAGCUUCUGCUUUGUCCUCGGAGGUUUCGAUUGCGCCGCCUGCUCGAAGAGCUGAUCAGGACAACCCCUCACUUGGUCUCAUUAAGUCGAAAAUCGCUUCUCAUCCUUUGUAUCCCCGCUUGCUUCAGACCUACAUCGAUUGCCAAAAGGUUGGAGCUCCUUUGGAGAUAGCGUGUGUGUUGGAAGAGAUUCAGCGAGAGAACGAUGUGUACAAGAGAGAUGCUGCUCCUUUGUCUUGCUUUGGAGCUGAUCCUGAACUUGAUGAGUUCAUGGAAACAUAUUGCGAUAUAUUGGUUAAGUACAAAUCCGAUCUGGCGAGGCCGUUCGAUGAGGCUACGACUUUCCUGAACAAGAUCGAAACGCAACUUCAGGACCUGUGCACUGGUCCCGCUUCUGCCAGAGGCCUUUCAGUUUCAGAUGAUGGUGCGGUUUCAUCAGACGAAGAACUAAGAGAAAGUGAUGACGUAGCAACCCAGGACAGCCAACAAAGAAGUAAUGACCGGGAACUCAAGGACCAGCUGCUGCGUAAAUUCGGUAGCCAUAUAAGUUCAUUGAAACUCGAGUUCUCCAAGAAGAAGAAGAAAGGGAAGCUACCAAGAGAAGCAAGACAAGCAUUGCUUGAUUGGUGGAAUGUUCAUUAUAAAUGGCCUUACCCAACUGAAGCUGACAAAAUAGCCUUGGCUGAAGAAACGGGUUUGGAUCAAAAACAAAUCAACAACUGGUUUAUAAACCAAAGGAAACGCCAUUGGAAGCCAUCCGAGAACAUGCCGUUCGCUAUGAUGGACGAUUCUAGUGAAACUUUCUUUACCGAGGAAUGAAACGUAACAGAAGCCUAUGCAUUGACAUCAUGCGUUGUAUAAUUCUAUAUUACAUUGUUUUGCCAAGAUAAAAAAGAAGCUAAAAGCUUUAGUACAUGGAGUGUCAUUGCCAGUAAAUUAAACUCCUAGAGUCCUAGGCCAAACGAAAAGAAUAUUUACAUGUACGGCCGAGGGGCGAAACGACCCUUUGUAUUAAAAUAUAUAUAUGGGCAAAUAUUAAUUGUCACAUAUC